UUUUUACAACGAAACGUGCCAACGGAGCAAGUUGGCAUCUCGAUACAAAAACAGUAAGCUUCUCAAAUAAGUUUCGUCUCUUGUUGGAGAAACAGUGUUCGUGUUCAACAUAAAAGAAAGUCCAGCUAAAAAUGCCUGCUAAAGUGAAUAAGCAAGGUUUCACCAAGGAAGAGGAGCUUCUCCUGCAGGAUUUCAGCAGGAACGUCUCCACCAAGUCCUCCGCUCUUUUCUACGGUAACGCUUUCAUCGUCUCUGCCAUCCCCAUAUGGCUCUUCUGGAGAAUACACAUGAUCGAUCUGUAUUCAUCCAUGAUCCCAUUCCUCAUUGUGACUGCUCUGUCCACCUACCUGAUCUCCAUGGCCUACCGCAACACCAAGUUCCUCCUGAAGCACAAGAUCGCCAACAAACGUGAGGAAGCCGUCACCAGGGAACUGACCAAGAAGUUGGCUGAGGACAAGAAGAUGAGCAGGAAGGAAAAGGAUGAGAGGAUCUUGUGGCAGAAGAACGAAGUCGCCGAUUUCGAGGCAACAACUUUCUCCAUCUUCUACAACAAUGCCCUGUUCGUGGCCAUCAUCAUCUUUGCCAGCUUCUACUUGCUCCGUAGCUUCACCCCAACUGUGAACUAUGUUCUCUCAGUGAGCACAACAGCUGGUCUCUUGGCCCUCCUGUCCACAGGCACUCAAUAAUUAUUUUUCAUUAAAUAAUUUCAUAUUAAGAUCAUCAUAAUUUAUUUGUAAUAAGUUUCAAUUAUUAUUUCUUUUUUUUAUCUUUAAAAUAAAGAUAACUACUGUUUGAUAAACAACUUUGUUCUACUGUUUUAUAAAUAAAAAAUAAAUCGAUAAAAUGUAA